AUGGUGAUAGAUAUAGGAGAGGACACGUCACCGUACCAAGAAGACGUUACUGAUGAGGGAAAUACAUAUCCGGGACUUGUACAGCUCCCUUUGACCGACUUAAAGUGUUUAUGCAGGUACAUGCUACUCGAACGAACAACUUUGGGUGUGCUAUCGUCGUUGCGACUGUUGCAUGCAGAGGGAGGUGUGAAAUCGUUCUGGAGAGGAAACGGCAUCAACGUUAUAAAAAUUGCUCCAGAAUCUGCCAUCAAAUUUAUGGCAUAUGAGCAGGUAUCCUAU